CGCCGCUCCAACUAUCGCGAGAACCUGAGCCCGUGCGAGAAGAACGGGUCCAGGCAAGGCAUAGCAAUAUUCAUAUUUAGCAACAACAACAACCACCGUUACGAAGAAUGGUUAUUCCGUUAUGUGGACGGGAAGAAUAAGGACACGUGUGCUACCACAAAGACACGGAUGAAAAAGCUGGGACGUGAUAUGCAGGAUGUGGCCGUGUUUCUCCGGGUGUAUGACAGACGGUGAAGAAGGGGCAGACCUCGUACCUCCUCCCCCCACCCUGCGUCUGGCCGUCUGAAGCCCAAAUUCUCUCGUUGGAACGAUAAAAUAUUAAAAUUCCCAAAAUAAUGUAGCAGAAAAGCUUAGCCUUGGAGAUAUCUGUCCUCUUGAACCCCCUCCUACAAGGGUCCGGUACAUUUUAAGUCUUCAUUUUAGAUGGGGCUGAGCACAACACUUCAGUUCACACUCAUUUGUAAAUUACUAGCCCAAUGUGCCGUGUUUCCCCCCACUCAGUUACCCCAGCUGUGCAAUCCCUUCAGCUUUCUGUCGUAUGUUUGAAGUGAUUUGAUAGACCAUCAGCCAAUCACAAUGAACGGUUCUCUUUUAACCCCGCCCAGCCCGCGGGCGGCAAACUCUUCUCCCCUACCUCCCUCGCCCUCCCCAUCUCCGUCCCCUCCAUCUCCCUCCUUGCUGCCCCUGUCGUCCCGGCCCCCCCCUCUACCCCCUCUGGGGAGCCCUCCCCCCCAGGCUCACCCAUCCUCCCUGUCCGACACCCCGACACCGUCUCCCUCGCCUUGCCUGAGCUGGACCGAAUUCUGUGAGCUCCAUGCCCGCGUUGCCGCCGGCGACUUUGCACGCCACUUCCGGGCUUUUCUCCUGGAAAACCCCCACUACACCCCCGACUCGGCGGCCACCUUCUGCCGGCGCUUCACCGACCGCUUCGUGCGCCACUUCCAGAGUGAGCUGGAGGGGGCGCUCCCGCCGAGCUGUGCUUCAGGGAGGGACGACAUGGCGAGCUGGGCUCCCCAGUCAGAUGCUACUUCCCUGGAAGAGGACGCGGUCUCACCCCUGUCCGGGGGGGCUGUCCUCCCGUGCCCCCCGACUAACACGCCACGCGCCUCAUCCAAGCCUGCGCCGGCACGGCUGGUCCUGGAGAGCCGCAGCGGGGACAGGUUUCAAGACUCGUACGCCCACUGCCAAGUCCUGCCUCCAUCCUCGUCGUCGUCGUGUUGCUCCUCGGUGGGGGGGAACAACGGGAGGCGUGAAGAGAGGGGGGGUAUGUUUGCCCCUGGGAACGGGGAAGCCCCAGUCGAGGAAGAGGAGGACAGCUGGUUGGGGGUGGCGUCCGUGGAGGAAGACGUUGAGCCAGAUGAGCGGGAGUCUGCAGAGGGGGACGGUGCCGACCCCUCCCACACUCAGAUUCCCCCCUCCUCGGCCUCUCCUCCGCCCGGCUCCAAAGGCAACAGUACGCCCAACUCCUCCAAAAACAAACUGAAGAAGCGGUUUUCUCUGCGGAGUGUGGGUCGUAGUGUGCGGGGGAGUGUCCGCGGCAUCCUGCACUGGCGAAGCUCCUCCAGCGACUCCGCCCAGAGCCAGCUGCCCUCCAGCUACAGCUACACCAUGGGUGUGCAGGACGCCGCCCUGGUGUCAAAGAGGAACUCUGGUACGCAGCCCCCCACGCCCACCUCCUCCAUGCCCGUGUCUCUGUCCAUGCCCCUCUCCCUCCCCCACUCGUCGUCCUCCUCGCUGCCCCCCUCGUCCUCGAGCAGCGCCACCUCUCUGUCUCUCUCCGACGCGGCGAGGGAUCGGCGGCGGAGCAACGGCGAAGGAGGCGAGAAGGAGAAGUGGAGCCAUCGUCUCGAGAAGCUCAGACUGUCCCGAUCCCCUCCCCCCGUCCUCACCCCGACCUCCGCCGGCCCUCACUCCGCCUCCUCCACGCUGCCUCCGAGCAGCGCCUCCGCCGCCGCCGCCCUGGGGCCGCCGAGGAAGGUGGGCCGGCUGGUGCGGGAGGGCGGGGUGAGCGUCAGCUCAUCGAGCGACGAGCUGAGCGGGAGCCACGGCUUUCCCGGCUUCUCGUUCGGUCUGCUGCACCACGGCACGGACAACAACAACUCGGCCUCGGCCUUCUCCGCCGCGGCUCACGGCGGCCCGGUGCCGCUGCUCAUCAGCGGGGGGAACGUGCCCUGGAGGGGGGGGCGCUGGCACAAGUGUCGCCUGGUCCUCAAAGAAAGGGACCGGGAGGGCAGCGAGCGGGGAGAGGAGUACUACUUGGAAUUCUUCAUUCCACCUAAAUCCUCGAAGCCCCGGCUGACUGUCCCUUGCUGCUCCAUCGUGGAUGUGAGAAGCACCACGGCGCUGGAGGUCCCCGACAAGGAGAACACCUUCCUGCUGCAGGUACCCCCCCCCCCCGCUAUCCCUCUGUCUCACCUUUCCUCACAGAUUAGUGUCCAAAGGGAAAUCCACACUGAGAUUUUUUUGAAUGAACAGGAAGACGCUGAAGGUGUGUGUAUGGGGCCGUUGGACAUCAGCGGGACACCUGAUAUUGUUGACCGUCUUUCACAAGUGUGUUACGGAGGAAUCGGGGGAUCCUCUCCUCUGAUGGAUCCCCUCCCACCGGAGCUGCCCCCCCGAGCCCCGCUCGACGAACCCGACAGCCGGAUCCUCUGCGGAGGGGGGGCGAGCCUGGGGACACCUUUCGCCGAGACACCAGAUGCCACAGGGUCCUUCCUGUUCUCGGAGGUGACCACGGCGGAGGCCGUGGAGCACCCUCUCAGCGAGUGCCAGUGGUUCCACGGCACCCUGUCCCGUCUCAAAGCCGCCCAGCUGGUGUUGGCCGGCGGCCCGGCGAGCCACGGCGUCUUCCUGGUUCGCCAGAGCGAGACGCGGCGCGGCGAAUACGUCCUCACCUUUAACUUCCAGGGCAAGGCCAAGCACCUCCGUCUGUCCCUGAACGAGGACGGUCAGUGCCGAGUGCAGCACCUUUGGUUUCAGUCCAUCUUCGACAUGUUGGAGCACUUCCGGGUGCACCCGAUCCCCCUGGAGUCCGGCGGCGCCUCCGACGUCACGCUCAUCAGCUUCGUGGGCGCCACCGCUCUUCGGCAGCCAGACUUGACCAGCAGACCCCGUAGCCCCCCCCAGCCUCCCCCGCUGCCGCCGGGCCGCCCCCCACCCCCGACCCCGCCCGACAGGACAAGGACCACUCUGAGGGCCGCGAGAGGCAGCAGAGGGAUAGUCACAGGAGAGAUAGCAGCAGGAGUAGGACGGUGCUUGGCUACCAUGGCAACGCGUCAGGAGGAGAGAGGAGGUGCGCGCAGCGGUGGAGGUGGCGGAGCAGGAGCAGGUGGAGGUGGCGGAGGAGUGGAAGACUGGGAGGAGAGGGACAGGGACACUCCUCUCCGCCAACUGGACGCUGUGGAGGGAGAAGAGAGGGAGGGAGCGAGGGCGCCCCGGGCAAUCGACAACCAGUACUCCUUCUUCUGAUGAAGGGAAGCCGGGGGGGAUUGUGUGUGUGUGUGUGUGUGUGUGUGGUCUGUGUGUGUGUGUGUGUGUGUGUGUGUGUGUGUGUGUGAGAGAGCACGCGAACGUGAGAUUGGAUGAGGUAUCAUAGCCAUUCAUAACCAGUAUUUUUAUUUUGGUAGCAAGGUGGAGGAGAAGGAGGUGUAAAGUACUACCACUAAACGAGAGAGGGAGGAGGGAGGGAGGGAGAGGAGAGAGGGAGGAGGACGGGGGGAGGGAGUACGGGGAGAGGGAGGAGGAGGGAGGGAGGGGGAGGAAGACGAGGGAGCAGCGUUCCAACACUAACUAGCGGUACAUUUCUGUUGUUCUAAUGUAGUCGGAUAAGCUUUGUUGUUUGUUGUUGUUGUUGUUGUUGUUGUUUUGCCGGUACGACUCACAGCCCGGCUGUGAACCCACAGGUCCUGAUACCUCACGGUCGUCCUGCCAAACCUACUCUCCAAACAUCUGUCCUGUGGCAGGUAGCCCCAAAGCUUUACAACCUCCCUGGUACGGAGACGCCGUCACACCCCGCUCCAUCGAGGAGAUGCUCCAUCUGCCCACAGGGCUGCACCAUGGGGGCAAUACACCCCUGCUCCAUCUGCCCACAGGGCUGCACCAUGGGGGCAAUACACCCCUGCUCCAUCUGCCCACAGGGCUGCACCAUGGGGGCAAUACACCCCUGCUCCAUCUGCCCACAGGGCUGCACCAUGGGGGCAAUACACCCCUGCUCCAUCUGCCCACAGGGCUGCACCAUGGGGGCAAAACAUCCCAUAAUGCUGUUGGAUAAUAAUAACCCCAUAUUUACCCUCCUGUUGUCCUCGGGUCAAAUCUGACCCUUUAAAAAUAUGUCCAUAUCUGAAAUAUGAGUUUCUUUUUAACCAAAUUACCACAAAAAAUGGAUUGGAUUCUUAACUACUAGUCAAAAUAAUUCAUAAUUUCUGCUUUUUUUUAACUCAAAUAUUAGGUCUAAAUCUAUAUAAAUGAGGGUUAUUGACCCAUAAAUUCCCAAAAGUAGUAAAACUAGCAAGGUGGUGUUAGAGAAAACUAAUAAAGUCAGAAAAAGGGACGAAAAUGUCAAAUUUUUGUCCAUUUUUUGGGUUAAAGUGUUCUCAGGUCCGCUGCUUUCAGAAUUCUGCUAAUAUUCAACAAACUGCUUUUUGCAUUAAUAACUAACGAAUGGAUCUCAUUUCCAAAUUAUCUUCCAUUGAACAUUGAAUUGAACAUUGAAGCCAGCACUAAAUACAGAAGGAUUGGUCACGUUACAUUUUUAAAGGGCGGGUUUUCUGCUUGUUCUCCGUCAGCUGACCCCAAAAAAAUAGUCUUUCCCGAAAUAAAAAGCAUAAAGAAAACAUCGUUGUGCAGCCCUAUUAACAUAUUAACGUCAAUACCCGAUAUUAUGCUCGCGUCUGAUUGGACGAGCUGCGAGACCCGACCGACGUGUGUAAUGUGAAUUUCUAAUGAAUGGUUGAAUGUAUAAUAAUAACAACAAUAAUAAUAAUAACGCUAAUAAUAAUACUAACACUAGUGAUUUAGGUACGUUUUCAUUCAUUGAGAGAAAAACAUUGGUUGGAUCCGGGUUGUGAAAUGUCAGAAUUUGCUGCUUUUUUGUUUGUUUUUUAUGUUUUUAUGUUUUUGUAAAUUUAACAUCUUUAGAGUUUUGUUCCAGAUUGAGUUGUGUGAAGACUACAGUGCAGCUCCGGGAACGUUUCGGACGUUUUAGGAUAAGAUUGGAAACCUUUAUUAAUCCCUAGAGGGGGAGUUUGGGUUGUUACAGGCGUUGGGAAAAAAAAAAAAAAAAAUUAAAAAAAAUAACAUAAAUUGAGAAUAGGUGAAAUAAAUGCAAACCUACGAGUUAUAUAAAACAAAGGAAUGUAGAAAUAUGACAUAUACAUUAG